CAUUCUGCAGAGUUUGAAGUGCCGAAUAAGAUGGUUGUUUGCCGUGGGCUUCGGAGCACACAUGGGCGAGCGUGUGGGACAUUGACGGCACUUGCAUAUGGGCACACCGACAUCACACCCCACGACCGAACCAUUGGUUCUCAUCGUUCGUAUCCCAAUGAUCUUCCGUGCCAUUCCAGAUGGAAAGGGCAAGAUGCCGGCUUGCCAAAGUGUUGACGAUCGUGCCAACCAGCCAAUACGAGUGAUUGUGGCUCUGGAAUGGCUCCCAGAGCCUAAGUCAAGGUUUCAGGCGAGCCCGGUCUUUCCCAUGAUCAAAUUGAAUUAUGACAAUGGUAGGAUAACAGGGGACACCAAGGCAUCAGUGUGGGGUGGCUCCAGGCAGGGUCGAGGCUAUCUUGGGGUCCGGACCGCCUGGUGUAAAAAACUCUUGCGUGUACCGUAAUCAAUCGGGUUUGUGAUUUGGAAUGAACCACCUUUUCCAAUUCGAUGGCGAUUU